AUGGUCUGCACCAUAGUAUUGGUGUCACAUACCGCGAGUCAGUUUGCUCUUAUUAUCAUAGAUGUUCAAGAAUGUUUUCUAUCAGGAGGUAGUUUAGCUGUUACUGAUGGAAACCAAGUAAUUCCUGUUAUAAAGAGAAUUCGAGAUCUGUACAAAGAUGAAUUCAACAUGGUAGUUUUCACCCAAGACUGGCAUUGUGAAAACCAUGUUUCGUUUGCAUCCCAAUUUUCAAAAAAAGAACCAUAUGAUACACAAAUCACGCAGACUCUAUGGCCUGAUCAUUGUAUUAAGGACGUUAGUAGUGGACCAACAUCCUCUAAGAUAUCAGAGAAGCUGAAACCCUUCCCAAACAUUGUUAAAAAGGGACAGCAUUGUCAGAUUGAUGCAUAUUCUGCGUUUAAUGAUAAUGGUAACAUUACUCAAACUGAAUUAAAUGAACUGUUGAGAAAGAAUAACAUAACUACGGUAUUUAUAACUGGUUUAGCCUUGGAUUAUUGUGUUUAUUAUACAGCUUUAGAUGCUGUCCAAUUAGGCUAUACAACUUAUAUCAUUAGGGAUGCUUCGCGAGGAGUCGCUAAAGACACAACAAAAGAUGCUGUGAAAUCCAUAAGAUCAAUCGGUUCAGCAGGACAUGGUAUGUCAAAAUAA